UUCUGAGAGUCUCUAUUCGUUCCGCCGACUGUACAGCUCCCGAGGUCGUGCUACUGGGCUGCGACGCUGGCGCAAGCCCAUCCUCCACCCACCACCAUGGCUUCUACUUCCACCUCCUCCCCCUUUUCACUCCAGGACUUCAUCGCCGCUCUCAACACAGCUUCUUCUGCCCCUUCUUCCAGUCGCUCGCAAGAUUAUACCUCCCAUCUGCGCUCCCUCCUGCUUCUUCCCCGUUCGGCUUUGCCUGCAGAGCUGCUCAGACAGGCGUGCCAGGAGUACCUCGACCUCACUGUCUUCUCUGAACUCAAUGCUUCGGGUGGAGGACUGGUAGUUGGACGUACUACUCUCACUUCAUUCGAUGAGACAAUUAAGCAUAUAGGUAGUCGAGUCAGCAAGGGCCAGGCGGGAGGGGAUGAGGAGAUGGAAGAAGGGGGAGCAGCUGCAGAGGGUGAGGAGGCUCUGCCUGCUAUCAGAGACGAGGAGACGCAGAAGGAUGUGCUGGAGAUGGCACUGGAGAAGGUGCAGCCUAGAGUGCUCAGCUUCGAAGAUCAGGCCUCUGCGAUCCGCCUACACCUAGCAGACAUCAACGAAGCACUCCACGACUGGUCUGCAGCAGCAAUGGUUCUUCAAGGCAUACCUCUCGAUUCUGGCCACCGCUCCGUAUCUGACCUACAGAAGCUCCGCAUCUAUGUCCGCAUUGUCCGCUUGCUCUUGGAAGCAGAUGAUGCUAUUGGAGCGGACGCCUACCUAAAGAGAGCCAGCAUGGUCGUCCAUUCCAUUCCUGGUACCUCCAUUGGGUUUCAAGCUAUGAAUAGAAGCGAAGAAGAAACGGUCACAAAGGCUAGUGAGGAGGAGAUCAAGGAGGGAAAGCUGCUGGGCUUGCAGUACAAGCUUUGCCAGGCGCGGAUUUAUGACGCUCAGAGACGCUUCGCAGACGCGGCUGUAAGAUUCCAUGAGCUAAGCUACGUGGCCGAGAUCGACGAAGAAGAGAGGAGUAUGAUGCUAUCUGCAGCCGUGACGGCAGCCAUCUUGGCUCCAGCAGGACCUCAGCGGUCUCGCAUCCUCUCCACACUCAUCAGGGACGACCGCACUUCUGCUCUUCCCCAGUCUACCAUCCUGACCAAGGUCUUUCUCGAGCACAUUGUACGACCUCAUGAAGUCGAUGCCUUUGCAGAGAUGGUCCAGCCUCAUCAAAAGACGCAGCUGACUCGCAGUGGAAACGAUCGGGAGAUGAUGCGAGUAGAGCAAGAAGCUGCUGCUACUAGCGAUGUCACGACUGCGACUGCAACUGCAGCGAGCAGCAUGAACUCUUCUCCCCACCCUGGUGCAGGCCAAUCGCAGGGAAACGGCACUCAAGUCCCAGUCAAGAGUGCCCCCACUACAGUGCUGGACCGAGCAAUGAUGGAGCACAACAUCCUCGCUUCGUCCAAACUCUACCUCUCUCUGACGCUCAGCGGUCUCGGCUCUCUCCUCUCCCUCACCCCAACGGGAGCCGAGACGAUGGUUAGGAGGAUGAUUGUUCAGGGGAGACUCAAGGCGGAGAUUGAUCAGGUAGAGGGGAUACUCACGUUCCUUGAGAGUGGGCAGCAGGGACCUACUGCCGGAGGGCUGGGAGACGUAAGUGGUGCUGCUGGUGGUGGUGGUAGUGCUGGAGGGGAAAAUGGAGAAGCCGGAGCAGCAGGUGGUGGUGGUGGUGGGGAAGCUCUUGGGGGCGAUAUAGCACUCCGAUUGGGUGAAGGAGACGGGUUGAUCAGGAGGUGGGAUAGCCAUAUUGCCCGCACCGCCAGCAGUCUAGAGGACGUCUGCGUACGCAUCGGCGCCCUCAGCGGGCGUACUGACGCGAGCUAGACGAGACGGAACCCGGGUCUGGUCUUUCUGUUCCACCUCCAUACCUUCCCCUCCUCAUUCUGAACUCCUUGGUCGACUGGUAGAGGCCAAGGAGACUCGAGA